AUGGCGACGUGUUCGCCAUCGCUGGGCUCAAGUGCCGUGAGGUGUCACAGAGAUCAUCACCGAGAACGCGGCACUUUACGCGUGAAACAAGUCCGCCGUCCGGCUUCCAUUCCAGCUCUUGACGUUAUGCGAGACACACACACGGGGGGACGAUAUCCAAUGGAAAGGCGGGUGCGGUUCAGCGCUCUUCGAAAAGCACAGUCGAUCCUGUCAGAUGGCAGAAGCCGCCUCGCAAUGAAGUUCGAGGCCGAUGGUCAAGACAGCAAGGUGCAGGUCAUGGGAUGUAUCGUCGGUAAGGCAGAGCCCGCCAAGGUGAUGAGGGCCGUGGCAGAGGCGGAGGCAAUUAGCCGCAAUGGCGGACGAGGACCCGUCUCUCGAUGGUGGCCAAAUGUCAACCCUCCUCUCAAAUGUUUGUACAAUGACAGCGAACCAGAAGAGAACAAAGCUAAGAGUCCUGAGAGGAGAGACGAAGCUUCUUACCGCGCCUCGCAAGCUUCAUUAUUGUUCUUCGUAGAUACGAUGAGCCAAGUGACACAAAUAUCCACCAAUCACCGCCGUUCGAAUCCGUCUGGCCGAUCCGAUGGUGCAGCUUUCCUGUCCCUUCUAACAAUCGCCUCGCCCCGCUUAGCAAUCGAAAGGCAGCGAGCGUAG